AUGGUUUGGGGAUUCAGGCCUUGUUGGAGGAGCAGUGGGAUUAGUCAAAGCGGUGGACAAGAAUGCCGCACAUUACAUUGGGAUAUUUUCGAGGAGUGCUUUAGCUACAAUGACGAUGUCCUUGACAUUAUCCGCACACAACGUCGCAAUUGUAAUGCUACUGCGGAUAGUGAUUUAGCUGAACUGCUCUCGCUUGACGCUCCCCCUCAGCUCUUCCCCGCGAUGCUCACUAGUCGCUACUGGGUGUAUUUCAAGCCUUUGACACCAUCGGGCGACUCUGGUAACAAAGCGCUUGCAGUGCGUAAUGUUCGUGGUAGCCAUCUAGGUCAUUUGAUCACCGUUCGUGGUAUUGCAACCCCUGUGUCGGAUGUCAAGCCCUACUGUACUCGUCAACGCAUAUACCUGCGACAGGUGUGGUCCACAUCAGUUCCCUUAGCUGUCUUCACAUCAAGAAGGCACCCCUCGGCAAACUCGAAGGCAACCCAGCUGAAAAAUAGACUGCACGCACGACCCAAGGAGUUCACCCUAGAGGGCACAAGGACUCACUGGGGUGGUAGUUAG